AUGUCUGAGCCUUACCAGAAGGAGAGGCUUUUCGACUCUACCUAUACUAUUAAGCCUACAAGCUCCACAGACUGGAAAUUUUGCUGGUUCCUUGUCGUCGGUGAAAAACUGUGGUAUCUCUUUGCUUUGGCAAACUGGAAAAUGGAAAUGAAGAUAAAUACAACCAAGUUGCUGUGGCUGUUGAUGAUGUUCUCUGAUAUUGUGCGAUUCAGCUAUGAGAAAUCAAUGAGAGAGCAAGCUAUCAAGUUGAUGCAAGAUGCACCUUUAAUUGAUGGCCACAAUGACUUUGUACUGCGACUGAGAAUAUUUUACCAGAAUAAACUCAGUAGAGUUAACUUAAGAGAACUCAACAAGACCCACACAAACAUUGCAAAGCUCCAGGCUGGUUACGUGGGAGCUCAGUUUUGGUCAGUGUAUAUUCUUUGCAGCGCUCAGAACAAGGAUGCUGUGCGUCUGACCUUAGAGCAAAUUGAUAUUGUCAAGAGAAUGUGUAACAGCUAUGAAGAGCUUGAACUUGUGACAACUUCCGAAGGUAUCUCUGCCAGUAGAAGGAUUGCGUGUUUGAUUGGAAUAGAAGGUGGUCACUCCAUUGACAGCAGUUUGGCAACGCUGAGGAUGUAUUAUGACCUGGGUGUUCGUUAUAUGACUUUAACACAUUCAUGCAAUACACCUUGGUCUGAAUCAUCAUCUAAAGGAAUACACAACUUUUAUCCUAGUGUUAUUGGUCUGACUGCAUUUGGCCAAGAAGUGGUGAAGGAGAUGAAUCGCCUGGGUAUGCUCAUAGAUUUAUCUCAUACUUCAUAUUCCACAGCAAAAGAUGCACUCAGUAUCUCGAAAGCACCAGUAAUUUUCAGCCAUUCGUCAGCAUUUUCUGUUUGUAAUCACUCCAGAAAUGUUCCUGAUGAUAUCCUCCAGCAACUGAAAAAGAACAAGGGAAUUAUCAUGGUGACUUUCAAUGCAGAUGUACUGGCAUGUGGCAGAAGAGUUGUUAAUGUUUCUACCCUUGCAGAUCAUUUUGACCACAUAAAGAAAAUUGCAGGUUCAGAAUCUAUAGGAAUUGGUGGUGACUAUGACGGAGUGGAACGUUUCCCUGAGGGUUUGGAAGAUGUUUCUAAAUACCCUUCUUUGAUUGAGGAGCUUCUUAGAAGAGGAUGGAAUGAAACUGAACUGAAAGGCGUCUUAAGGGAGAACUUUCUCCGUGUCUUCAGAGAAGUAGAAAAUGUGCGGAAGAUUAGUGGACUAAUGGAUGCAGGUGAAAGUGAAAUUCCGCAAGAAGUAGUACAAAAUUCCUGUCGCCUAGACCUACGUAAUCAUCGGCUUCAAACAGACAGGUCCUUUGGAUUUCCUUCCGUGGCACAACCUUCUAGUCUUGCACUUGUAAUUGUAUCAUACUUAAUACUGUAUUAUGAAUCAUAAGCUCUAUGG